UACACAUCACCAACAUUUCUGAUUUCAACUUUGCAAGGGCUGUUUGUUUCAAAUAAAGCCAGCUUAUCUUUUACGUUAAUUUCCCGAGCUAUUUCUGACAAUGGCUUUCUUUGGGAUCACAAACCUUGGCUAUCAGAACCCUUUAGGAGACAGGAUGCUUUCUCGAUCGCUAAAGAAGGCGGAUUCGCAAGAAGAACCGAGAUGGGAUGAAGUACCUGAACUCACUCCAGUCAGUUCCCCGAGAAGACUGACGUGCACCGAGACAUGCAGCGUUUACAGUCAGCCCGCUCCCUUCAGUGUGGACAUACACCAGGGUAGUCAAAAGAGGUACAAAGAGAUGACCAGCCAGAUGCAGACACCCAGGGCACCUAACCAACUGUACCGUAUGCCCUUGACGGAAAAUCAGCAGUAUGGAUGGUGGCUGCCAAUCAGCGAACCCCGCACCUGCGAAUCUUGGACUAAAGUUAAUCGCUUCCCCCGCAAGAACAGUGAAAUGACUAAGUUUGUGAAGGAGAUGUCCAUGACUGACCGGGAAUUCAGCUUAUUUUGAGCUUCACUGAUAAAACCAUCCAUGUGGAUCUCCGUUCCUCUUUCUCUCAAUACAUACGUGUUGCAUUUAACUACUCGUUGUUUUUAUAAAGUGAUGUGUUUUUAACAUUAGCGUCCAUACUUGCCGGUCAUUUUCUUUGUGUCAUGCUUUAACAGAACACCAUUCUGAAAUAUCUUUCUUACGGUAGUGCAUGAAUUCCACAUAUAACUGAGCAAACACUGGAAAUGCUCAUUGUAUAGAUUGUACAAAUCUUUCAUGCAGGCAACCACAAUGUCUCUACAAAGCUCUGUCAUACUGAAUGCACUGGAUAUUGAAAUGUA